AUGUCUUAUAGAGGAAUCUCGGGGGCAUUUCCAAUGCCCGACCGUACAUCACUGCCGACAAUGUUCUCGAACGGAGACGCUGGGUUGCGACAUCUCCCUCCCAUAGGUUCUCCACCGCCGCCCAAGCGAUACAAGUCCGAGUCAACGCCAGUAAGCGAUGCCGGUCACUCUAGAUACUACUCGCACUCCGUGGCGCUGAGUGAUCGACCUCGAUCUCGACAACCGUCUUCGGCUAUGGAUCUGUACACCCUGAUCGAUAGAGAUCCGGUAGAUAAAGACCCUCGCAGGAAUGCCCGAUUUACCAGCAAUGGAUCGGUGGCCACGCAAGCCUCCCAGGUGUCAAACACCUCUCAAGCGUCGCGAUCAUCUCCAAUUAUAAUUUCCGAUCGCAAGAUGCCCGAGAAAUACCCGAGUUACAAAGAAAACGGCCGAUUGUACCAUGGCUAUCGGAAGGGGAUCUACCCGCUCCCGUGCGAUGAGGAGGAGCAAGACCGUCUGGAUAUUUUCCACAAACUGUUCACAGUUGCGCGGGCGGAGGACGGCUUGAUCUAUGCACCACACCCUCCAGACGCCAAAAUUCUCGAUCUGGGUUGUGGAACAGGUAUAUGGGGUAUCGAAGUUGCAAACAAAUACCCGAAUUCCUGGGUGGUUGGUGUUGACCUGGCACCGAUCCAACCCGCCAAUUUCCCAAAGAACUGCGACUUCUAUGCCCCCUUCGACUUUGAGGCACCGUGGGCCAUGGGUGAAGAUUCCUGGGAUAUCAUCCACAUGCAGAUGGGAUGUGGUAGCGUCGCGAAUUGGCCAAGUCUCUACCGCCGAGUCUUCCAGCACCUGCGGCCGGGUGCUUGGUUUGAGCAGGUUGAAAUUGAUUUCCGGCCACGCGUUGAGGAAGAACAUGGUGAGCCGGGACGUGCUAUGGCUAAUUGGUACUCGACCUUGAAACAUGCAACUGAAGCCACCAUGCGGCCUCUAGCCCAUAGCUCGACCGACACAAUCCGAAACUUGCAAGAAGCGGGCUUUACUGAGAUUGAUCACCAAAUUGUGGGAUUGCCUAUGAAUCCAUGGCAUCCCGAUUCCCACGAGCAAAAAGUUGCACGCUGGUACAAUUUGGCCAUCUCCGAGAGUGUACAGCCUCUCUGUUUGGCUCCUUUCAGCCGAGUUCUUUCUUGGUCUAAAGAACAGAUUGAUCGCAUUGCAUUUGACGUCAAACAAGAGGCUUUCGAUAAAAAGAUCAAAACGUACAAUCUUUUGCACAUUUACCAAGCGAGAAAACCCACCGGGGAAUAA